CUCCGGAGCCCCGCAGAGCCAGAAGGGGGUGGGCACAAGCCCGGCGGCCGGAGGGGCGGGGCUCGGAACCCGGCUUGCCUGCGGGGGCUCGCGCUGCGUCGUGCCGGGGCUAGGCGCCGCUCCCGGGAGGGGCUGCGCCGGAGGUCACCAUCGAGAGAAGGGGCCAGAGUGGCCGCGGGCGCUCCUUCCCGCCAUCCCCCGUUCUCUAUCCCGGAAGUUGACGCGGCGCGAGCGAGCUGGGGCUGUUUUGGCUGCGGAGCAUCCUCCGAGGUGGUCCUGGAACGCCGAGAUGCCCUUGGCUAGAGAUUUAGUGCAUCCAUCCCUAGAGGAUGAAAAGAAGAAACAUAAAAAAAAACGCCUGGUUCAGAGUCCAAAUUCUUACUUUAUGGAUGUCAAGUGUCCAGGCUGCUACAAGAUCACCACAGUCUUCAGUCAUGCUCAGACAGUGGUUCUUUGUGUAGGCUGCUCAACUGUGUUGUGCCAGCCUACAGGAGGGAAGGCCAGACUCACAGAAGGUUGCUCAUUUAGAAGAAAGCAACAUUAAUGACAUUCAGCUUCAUGAACUGGACAUAAUGUAUAUCUCAGUAAGCCUUAUCUGUUCGGCAAUCCAAGCAAAUAAUUAAAUUUGACUUCAUAAGGUAUAUAACAAUGGUCUCCUGUUUUGGAGUCUGUUUUACAAUAAAAUUUUAAUUGCAUGCAAAAUUC